CUUUUCAUUGCUUCUGAAGGCGUCACAGACCAUUUGAAGGCCUUUUUCACACUUGGAAUAAUGGUGAAGACAAUUUCAAUGUCCAAAACGAAGAGAAUAUUCUUCUGUAUUUUGGGCAUCUCGUCUACGUUUUUCUCUGCAACUCUUUUCCUUGCGUUGUUGUCGAUGUUCCGGCCGCCUUUUAACGCGGUAAAUGUUGCUACAGGCACGAACGUAAGCGAAAGGUACGAUGAAGCCCCUUUACUGAAAGAUGUAUAUUAUUAAGCAAAAUUUAAUUUAACUGGGAAAAUUGAAAGAGGGUUAUUGAACGGGCGCUUUAUUGAGAUGACGAUGACGUCAUCAUGCGUGACAAACGAACCCCAAAGGACGUCUGCGGGGAGGCUACCCUCUUUGCUGAACAGCUCAAAGUCACGGCGAGUUGAAAGGAAAUAUUUUAAUGCAGAAUACUCUGCUGUAUUAAGUAGACCCAGCGUGGUCAAUCGAUAAAAACCGAUAUAAUUGGAAAACCAAUUGAUAAAUCGAUAAUUGGUAUCAAUCAACUGGUAUUAAUGUUAUCGAUCAAUCAAUAGAAUUUGAUGUUCACACUCUAACAAGUGCUACUUUUAUAAAUUUUAUUGUUUUUAUUGGAUUUAUUCAUUGUUAUAUAAUCGAUUGGAAUAGCUUGAGUACUUUAUUGGUUGGCCAAGUAGGGAGUAGAGUGUACAUUCUUAACGGCCAUCAUUUGAACCCUCCUCCUGUAUGCCCCUGGCUUUGGCUAUAAUAUGGACACCUCUAUAGUGCGGACAGUUUUAUUGGUUUGAAGGUUACCAAACUUCAUAUCUUUCCUUCCUUGAUAAUGUGGACACUUCUGUUCUGUAGAGUGGGGUACCUGUGUAAACUGUACAACAUGGAAUGGUUUCCAGGAUAAGUAGAAAGUGGCAAAGGCGUAAACUUUUGUGGUUUUUAUUUAAUGUUAUAGAGAGGACAAGUCUACAUCAUGUUGCUAUAGUAGCAAAAUUUCUGGAUCUUAACAAACCAUGGUCCUGCAAUUAGUGCAGAAAAAAACAAAGAAACAAAUUGACAUGGUAGCCCAUACUUUACUUCCAUCAUUCAAAAAAGCAAAUGGCUGUCUCUGUCAAGAAAGAUUGUUGACAUCACACUUCUCCUCUCUAUUAAAUUUGAUUGUGUCAGAUAUUCCACUGUAAGCAGCAAAAUUGCCGCCUGUCAGUUCAUUUUGACUGGGUUGAUGACACAGUCUGUAUUUUCUUUUCUGCAGUUAUGAACUACAUUUUCCAAGUGAUCUUGAAGACCUUAAAUCUCUAGCAGUCCUUCUGAAGCAAUACAGAAAAGACAAUUUUGGCUAUGUUGUUUCACUGUUCUGCAGUGCGUACCUGUAUAAGCAGACCUUUGCCAUUCCAGGAUCAGUAUUUAUGGUAAGUGUGCCAGAUAAAAUUUUUGAAACAUGAAGUGCCCUAUAGACUAGUAAUAUGUUAGUUAACAGUGCAAGAAUACUCAAGACUGUUUUGGAUUGUGUAGGUGUUGUUUGAUAUACAACUAUGCGGUAGAAAACUGCAGUUAAGUUAAUCGUAAGAACACAGUUAAAAUGAACCUCUCAUAUGGAACCACCCAAAAUGCCAUCAUUUGUUGGCUGCUUAUAAAGGGUGAUUUUUGCUCAGGAGAAUGGGUGAAACUGUAGUGCUUUAAUGGGAAAACUGCUGUAGGUUGUUUGGGAAUUUGUUGCUUUCAAGAGCUGGGCCAUAGGUAGCAUGAAGAGGUUAAGAUGGGGCAAGCUAGACUUAAAAAUUAUUUGCUAAGCAAAGAUGGUGAAGUCACUUAUUGGCACUAUCGGGGGUUUUUGCCUCUCACUUCAGUCUAUGACUAUGAGGAUGGUUUAUUUACCAACUACAUGUAGAAGUUUGGAUUUGAUUCUGGACCUCCAACCUUCUUGUUCUUGAGCUUCUCCACUAAAUGCAUUUUUUUCUUUUGGGUUUUACAGAAUUUGUUGGCAGGUGCUAUAUUUGGAAUCUGGGCAGGAUUUCCUUUGGUUUGUUUUUUAACUGGAUGUGGAGCUACAUUUUGUUAUCUUUUAUCCAAAGCUUUUGGCAAAGUUCUUUUGCUGCAGUUCUUUCCUGACAGGGUCCAAGCCCUUCAACUUAAAGUUAGUAUAAAUAAUUAACAAUUAUUCCUCGAGCCCGAAUGGGCUUUGAGUCAAUAGCCCAUGAGGCCAAAGGCCGCAUGGGCUAUUGACUCAGAGGCCAUGAGGGCGAGAAUUAUUGUUUUAGUAAAAUCCAACUAGUUGGUCAAAAAUAUCGAGACAAAACAACUUUAGCUAGCAAAACGCAAUUCAGCCACCAUUGUUUUGGUUUUCAAAGCUGGCACUUUUCGCUGCUAGUGGGCCAUAACAUAUAGCCUAGUGGUAGCUCAACCAAUCAGAACGUAGCAUUGAUAAUAGACCACUAGUUGGAUUUUACUAAAUGAUAAUAUUCUUAUUCUGUGACUUAACUGUUAAGAGUGAUUGACAGUGUAAAAGGGUUUAAGUGCUUGGAAGCUUUUCCUCUUGUCCUUUGAGUCCAUUCACAAAGCUGUGCAUUCUUGAUCCAGUAUUUAUACAUCAGAAUAUGUUGAGUCACAUGGGUGCGUCACAUAUAUUUAGCAAAUUGUGCAAAGGGGGUACCACUGAUUUUCUAUGGAAGGUAUAUGAAAAUAAUGCUGAGUACCUUUUCAAUAAAAAAAUAUUAGUAUAGAGUAGGGUUAAACUAUGUUUCCCACUUUUCUUUGGUAAAAAAAAAAAGAUUAUAAUUUAUAGUUUAUUUUAAUUUAUUGUAAGAUUUGUGUUGCAUCAGAUUCUGAUUUUCCAUUCUAAAUACUACACUGGGUUGCCAAAAUUGUCAGGACAGUCAUGCAUGCAAAGUCACCUAAAGUUUUCUAUUUCUGUUUUAAUUUAUACUUUUAGGUCAAAGAGAACCUUGAUAGUUUGUUCUUCUUCCUGUUAUUCUUAAGACUGUUUCCAAUGUCACCUAACUGGUUUCUCAACAUGUCUUCACCGGUUCUAGAAGUACCCAUCACACAGUUCUUCUUUUCAGUUUUAAUUGGUAAGCACAAUCUAAUUAGUAAUGGUAACAGGACUGAGUGGGGUCCAAUUCGGUCUCUAAUCAUACGAGUGAUUAACAAGAUUUGUUUAAUCCAAGUAUGAUUACAGACCAAAUUAAAUGGCACGAAGUUCUGUUACCAAUUAAUCAUGACUUUAACAAAAUUUUUGUUAUAUAAGGCUCUUUUUUAAAUCAAAACAGAAGAAAUUCCAUUUUUUUUGCUAGCAGUGAAAAAAAAGCCAUUUGAACGAGCACGUGAUGGUGCAUACUGUCCUAUUAAAUUGUCCUAUUAAGGCUGAAAUCAGGGCAGUUGGUAGCCAAUCAGAUUUGAGAAUUUUGUUAUAGUUAUGAUUAAAUAUUUAAUCAUUAUUAGUUUUUCUGCUUCAACUACAUGUAACAUUAAUUUUUAUCAAAAGCUUAUCCAUGGACUCUUUUGGAAAGACACUAACCUUAACAUAACUUACCAAAUCCCUACUUCUAGUUUAUAUAUUCUGUUCAGGGGCACCCAACGGGAAAUUUUGAGAAAAAGACCUAAAAACAACAACAAAGCGUGAAUAAAGUUUUCUGAGACUAUUUUAAGCAUUUUGGGAGAUUGCUGGAAAAAAAUUAUCUGUUCCUCACUCCCAGCAAGACCGAUGGAAGAGUUCCCAGCCAGCAACCUUACAACCUGCAACCUGACUUACUGGGAAGUUUCAUAGGGCACAAUUCAGAUCUUGAGUGGUAAGCAACCCAUACAAGUAACCCGUAGCAGCUAUUCUAGACUUCAAAUCCCCUCUGACACCCUGAAUUAUCUUUUUCCCAGCAACACUUUCCUUCCAAGGACUAUUAUUUCUUCCACAUCUCCCAGCCAGCAAAAAUUUGCAUGAAGAACAGAUAUUUUGAGGAACAGAUCCAUUGGGUGCCCCUGUCUGUUUGUGGUUUUGGUUUUUCAUUUUUAUACUUCAUUACUCAUCAUCCGUUUUUGCUUUGUAUUUCAGGUCUCAUGCCAUACAACUUUAUAUGCUGUCAAACUGGCUGCAUUUUGUCACAGCUCAACUCUUUAGAUGAACUUUUUACAUUCUCUGUAAUCAUUAAGCUUUGUGGUAUAGCAUUAAUGGCUUUGCUUCCUGGUUUGAUUGUGAGAAAAUUUCAUAAAAAUACUAAAUUUCACAUCGAGUAA